AGAAGUCAUACAUGCAAGUCAUGUGGAAGGUCAUUCACCACCCUGGGUCAUUUGGCUCGUCACAAUCGCAUACAUACAGGGGAACGAAACCAUAAGUGUCCAUUUCCAAGAUGUACAGCUCGCUUUGCUCGUCAAGACAAUUGUACACAACAUUACAGAAUCCACCUAAAUGGUAAAAGUAGAAGA